AUGGAACAUCUUAGGGUAUUCCUAGUCGAUCGCACAAUGGCGUCUCCUCCAUCUUCCACCGUGAUCCAGAUGCCUCCAUCUCCACAUACCAACGGCGGCAUGCCGACGGCCCCGUCCACGCCCAAGGACGCCGGCGACAUGCCGACCACGGCGCCCGCAGCAGCUGCCGGACCAUCGUCCACGGCGACGGACAAGGUCAUGUGGAGCGCUGUGAACCUCGCGCAGCUCCUGCCUACAGGCACGGUGCUGGCGUACCAGGCGCUGUCCCCGUCCUUCACCAACCACGGCACGUGCGAGACCUCCAACCAGUGGCUCACCACGACACUCGUCGUCGUCCUCGCCAUCCUGUGCGUCCUCUUCUCCUUCACGGACAGCGUCCUCGGCCGCGACAAAAAGGUCUACUACUGCGUCGCCACGCCAAGCGGUUUCAACGUGUUCAACUUCUCCGAUGAAGAGGAGAAGCUGCAAUGGACUGCAGCUGAGUUCCGGAGGCUUCGCAUGCGGCCGCUGGACUUCAUCCAUGCCAUCUUCACGGCGCUCGUCUUCCUCAUUGUGGCGUUCAGCGACGUGGGCCUACAGAACUGUUUCUUCAGCAAAGCCAGCAAGAACGCUGGGGAGCUUUUGAAGAACCUGCCACUCGGCAUUGCCUUUCUGUCGAGUUUUGUGUUCAUGAUCUUUCCCACAAAAAGGAAGGGCAUCGGCUACACCGGCACUACCCCUCGCGAAAAGCUCACUUGA